AGUCAACAACAUUUCGCCUCCGCAUUCUGAGUACAGACGUGAGAUUAUGGGCCACACAUCUGCAAAGAAGUAGGAACUAGAUUCUAGUGAAUUUUUUAUUUUCACGUUACACAGCGUAGAAUAUACAGCAAAUACAUGCUGCAAAGAUGAAAUAUGAAACCAUAUUUAUCGAGGAAAGAUCGCAUUUUGAUGCUACGUUUUGUCUUCUGAAUGAAUUCCGAGAGACAAAUGAACUUUGUGAUGUUUUCCUCGAAGCCGAACACGUAAGAGUGCCUGCUCACAAGGCAGUUUUGGCCGCAUGUUCCCCAUAUUUCAGAGCCAUGUUCACUGCAGACUUCCUGGAAGCUUCGUUGCCAGUUGUUCAAAUGCAAGGUGUGGACGGAAAAGCUUUAGAAGACAUUGUGAACUAUUUUUACACAGGAAAACUGUGUAUUACUCCUGACAACGCGGAGGGUGUUCUAAGUAUAGCCAAUUCACUACAUCUGGAUAAUUUGGUAACAAACUGUGAGACGUACAUGCGAAGAAACAUGUCCUUUCAAAAUUGCAUGGCAUUGUAUUCUUUAUCAAAGUAUUAUGGACUUGUUGGACUUGAUCAGCAAGCACUGCGUUUUAUAUCAUGGCACUUUGCAGAGAUCCCUCAUGAAGAAGGGUUUUUGCUUUUACCAACUGAUCAUUUGAAACAGGUGGUUGCCAACCAGUAUUUGAAAGUUCCCUCUGAAGAAUUUCUGCUGGAAACGGUGAUGAAAUGGUUGUUUUACGAUUUGGAGAAGCGGAAAGUUGACUUUAAUCAAAUUAUACCAGAACUAAGGUUUUCAUUAAUGAAACCAAAUUACUUGUCUGAUAGUGUCAAUGUCAAGUUCUUAAUGAAGAACUAUGCCUUGGGGAAACAAAUUGUUCGAGAGGCACUUCUCUAUCAAUCAAAAAGAGCUGAAGUGGAUUUGGUAAAGGCUCAGGAACUAAAAGCAACAAGGUUCAGGCCUAGGUCAGCCUGUGAGGACAUUUAUGUCAUUGGAGGCUGGUCUAAUGGACAAAAGCUAGGGACAGUACAAUGCUUCAACCUAGACACCUUGCAGUGGACAACAUUAAAAGCAAUGAGCAUUGGCCAUGCUUCAGUGGAAGAUUACUUCAGAGUUGUUGUGUCAAACAAUGAAAUUUAUUCUGUAUCCCAAAAUUUGGUGUCUAAAUAUGAUUCUAUUGUUGCUCAGUGGUGUAGUAUAGCUGAAGGUCCAGGAAUACAAUGUAAAUGGGCCAGCCUAUGUGAAUAUGAUGGUAAUUUGUACUUGAUUGGAGGGAACAGUUCCAAAACAUGCAAAUGUUUUGAUACAGAGAAACAAGAAUGGCAUGAUUUACCACCAAUGAGAUAUUCCAGAUAUUACCCAGGUGUUGGGGUUUUGGGAGGAAAGAUCUAUGUAGUUGGGGGUCUAGAUCACAAUUGGAUGUCACUGAAGUCAUGUGAGCGGUAUGACCCAAUGAAUAACACAUGGGAAGUCAUCGAUUCAUUAAAAACACCAAGAUGGAGUCUUGGUAUUGCUGUUGUACAUGGUAAAUUAUAUGCAAUUGGAGGCAACCAUAAUAUUGAACAAUACGCAGAUUCAGUUGAAGUUUAUAAUCCAGGUGAAGAUAAAUGGUGUCAAGAUAUUGCUCGAUUGAAGAACGGUAGAAGAAAUCCAGGUGUUGCUGUUGUGAAUGGGACAAUUUAUGCAGUUGGUGGACGUGUUGCUAAUACCAUUGAGUAUUAUAAUAAAAAAGCAAAUGAAUGGAACAUCAUAGGGUCUGUUCAGACUUGCUGUAAUUUUGGAUGCGUUGCAUUGAGAAUAAUAUAAAGCUUAAUUGAAUCGCAAUAAUAUAAGUUGUUUAGUGUUAGGGAAAUGUAGAAGUAAGAUACUGCUAGGGAAAACAUUAUUAUAUAUUUUGGUCAUAUUUAUUUAAAAAGUAAACUGGAUUUGUUUAAAACUUUAAAGAUAUAAGCAUAAUAUUGAAAACAUCCUUAAGAAGUGCAAUAUUUAUUUUGAUUGAUUCAGGAAGAUCAAAUUAUAUUUGUGGCUUUAUUAAAAGAACCAAACAGGCAUACCCCCUUAAUCAGGAAAUUGAAAGGACAGAAGUUUCAAAGGAAAUUGCAAAACUAGACUGUUGAUCCAGUGUGCUCUGUAUUGAAUUCUUGUAUCUUUACACAGAUUUGUAUGUACAAUUGGAAAUUUGCAUAUGGAAUCUGAAUCAAUUUGCCUAGCAGAGGAAAAUUGCCUUCCAAUUUUAUCUUUUUAUCUCUGCUCUGUAUUGUCAAUACCACUGUGAUCAGUUCCCUAAAGUUUUGAAUGGUUGUGAGUUUUGACAUUGGCGCUGGAGAUGAUCUGGACUAAAUGUUCAGGCUACCUCCCCCAUCAAUCCCCUUUACAUUAAUUUAUAGUUAAUCCAUCAUUAAAGCCAAGAACCCCUCAAAGGUGUAUUUUCAAACCCUUCAGUUUAUUGUUAUUAUCAACAAUGUGAUUGUGAUAAUUUCUUUUAAUGUAAAUCAAACACGACUGUUUGUGUAGACAAGACACACUUCAAUUAAAGAUAAUGGCCUUUAUUUAAGUCUUCCAUAAAUAGCUUUAUUAUCCCUCCUUAUUAAAGGAGCACUUAAUAGCAAUAAAAUUGCUUGAGUUGGACAGCACAUUGUUCUACAACAAAGCAAUAGAUGUAUGUCGUUUUGAUUAACUCAGUUUGAAUGUGGCUGUUUCAAUCAACUUAAUCAUUUCUUGCAAACAAACAACCUUUUCAGUAUCUACAAGCAUUCAAAAUUAAUCAAACCGACACAUCUAGUAGAUGCUUUUAUAAUUCAUGAAAUGUGAAGGAAUUUUCGUCGUAAGUAGCUCUCAGGGGUUCGCCGGUAAGUCCCACUGAAGUUUUUACCAGGGGUGUAAUGGUAUCAAAAUUACCAAGAGGCUCUUGUGCAAAAAAGGUGAAAAACAAUAUCAAAAUUGAAAUGAGCUAUUUGUCAGGGAAGUCAUUAAUAGGGGGUUCAGCCGCCGUGAGCCCCCUAGCACUACAACCAUGGUCUUCACUUCUACUGGAAGUUUGGAGCUAUAUCGUUUUUAGAUGGAAAAGAAGAACGCAGCAAUCUCUAUUAUGUUGUAGAGUACUCCUUUAAAAAGUCAUGCUGUUAAAAUAUUUUUCGAGAAAUAGCUCUACGUUUUCACGCAAUCGCUUCUGCACGUUUCAGUUCGUGGAAUGUACGUAUCACAUGCCAUCUACCUCGUCCGGUAGUCCCCUGCUGACUUAGCAUCGCAUGACCAUUUGAUUCUGAAAUCCUUGUUUAAUGUAUUUAAAUACAGCUUUAAGGUAUACAUGAGAAAGGCAACACGCAAUUUUUAAGAAGACAGUUUAGUUUACCUGAAAGUUUCAAUCAUACCUCUCAC